UCGAUAAAUUUAGUGAUGGAAAAGGUGGAGCCACAACGGAAACGACGUAGUGCUCCAUAUAGAAGGAGCGCCAUUCCGUUUCCCAUCGGCCAUUCGGGUUUUAGAAGCAACCAAGGUCGGUUCCUCCUUCACUCUGCGCGCUGGUUUUGGCCAACACCACCAAUUUCAAAAAUGUUCGCUUGUGCACGACUGAUCGCUCCUGCUGCCAGGACUGCUCUUGUGAGCGGAGCACGAUCCUACAUCCGACCUAUCAGCAGCAUAGCUGUUAACAGCCAUAGCCCCUUAUUGCAGAAUGCACCGGCGUCACCAUCGAUUAGCCUGCUCCCAGCAGUGCGAAACUUCCAGACCACAACUGCAACGAGAGACAUUGACUCUGCUGCAAAGUUCAUUGGGGCAGGAGCUGCCACUGUAGGUGUUGCAGGUUCAGGUGCUGGAAUUGGAACAGUAUUCGGCUCCCUCAUCAUCGGUUAUGCAAGAAAUCCAUCACUUAAGCAGCAGCUUUUCUCCUAUGCCAUCCUGGGGUUUGCCCUGUCUGAGGCCAUGGGGCUAUUCUGUUUGAUGAUGGCCUUCUUGUUGUUGUUCGCAUUUUAAGUGCAUUUUAGUUCACACCUGCUCACUGCCGAUGGGGGUAUGCCCUUUAAAGGGAGGGAGAGGGGAUGAGAACCUAGUGGACAGAGGCAUUCAUUGGGGAAAGGUGUGACAAGGAGCAAUGUCCCUCCCUGACAGUGUAAGAGGGCUCUUCAAAAAACUGGACAGUUGUACCACCUUUCGGGGCAUUGUGUAAACAUUGUCUACUUUUCUCCGUUGUCUGCUCUCAACAUAGCAAAACUUGAGCUGCCUGCUGUGUGUGUGUAAAAUGCUGCAGAAAGUAGGAGUGACUGAAACUUGUAUAGUAAGCUACAAAGAUUGUAUUUCAUUUUGAGUAUGAUUAAUUCAGAGUAUUUCUGUUAAAAAAUAAAACCCCGUGAAUUGUUAUAGAAAUUUGUCAUAUUUAUUUCUUGCACUUUGUAGCACCUUAAUUGAAUGAAUGGUGUAAACUGUACAGCAUAAAUGGAAGUAAAGUGGAAAGGAAAUGUUUCUUA